UCGUAAACAUUAGAAUGGGAGAAAACGUAGAAAAAGGAAAGAAGAUCUUUGUUCAGAAAUGCUCUCAGUGUCACACUGUUGAAGCUGGAGGCAAGCACAAAGUUGGUCCGAACCUAAAUGGACUCUUUGGUCGCUUGACUGGCCAAGCACCUGGCUACCUUUUCACAGAGAGCACCGUAGAGAAGGGUGUUGUUUGGAAGGAAGACACACUUAUGGAGUUUUUAAGGAAUCCUAAGAGGUACAUUCCAGGGACCAAGAUGAUCUUUUCUGGAAUCCAGAAGAAUGAGGAAAGGAUUAAUCUGGUAGCAUAUUUGAGGAAAUCCACAUCAUCCACUUAAAACAUGUUUUCUCACAGUUUACUCGUAUAUUAUUAAUAUUUUAUUGAAGAAGUCCACUUCC